AUGAGUUCCUCCGCGCCCACCCCCGAAAUCCAGCCCCGCUUCCAGCAGCUCUUCACCGAGCUCGAGAACCGCUUCCAAUCCACCAGCCUGGGCAGCGACAAAUGGUACAUCCUAGCCAUCUCAACUUUGGCGGCCAGUGCCGACCCAGAACGCGCCGACCAGCUCUACCUCCACCUAAUCAGCCAGCCCAGCUACGCGACCCCAGCCGCGCGACAAGCCCUGGUCCGACGGCUGCGUGAGGCCCUGGUCAAAUCCGUGUCGAUCGUCGGGGUGUGCAAGCCGAUCGAAGCGAUCCUGGCGAUUAGCAAAGUCGAGCGCGACGAGGACAAGGAUUACACCUUCACGCGCGACGGCUGGCAGUGCGACCAGGCCAACCACGAGCGCGGUGCCGCCUGGAUGCAGAAGCUGUAUGCGCGCAAUACCACUGGCACUCUGGAUCUGUUUGCCGCGCACCCGGACUUUGCGUGGCUGUCCAAGGAGGUUACCUAUGGCUUGUUUCUUUCGGAUCGCCAGGUGCUGGAUGAUGUCGAUACCCAGCUUGUGGUUCUGCCGGGUAUUAUGAGCCAGAAUCUGCCGAACGAGACUCACUGGCAUAUUCGUGGCACUCGGCGUCUUGGGCUUCCGAAACAUGAGGUCCAGGUCAUUUGGGACUGUGUGCAGCUUGUGGCUCAGUUCUUUGAUGUUCGGCUCAAUAAGGUGCCCACGGUCGAGCAGGUCGAGUAUGAUGUUUAG